AUGUCGCCAGCAGAAAUGGUCUCGGGCAACAUCGACGCGCUCUUAGCGAUGAAUCGUAUGAAACGUAUAGCAAAUCAGAUACUUUCCGUCGUAGUGCUGGCCUGCUCUAAAGCGACCGUAGCACUCCUUGUGAUUUCAAUUGAGCCAUUUACGACCAUCCUCCGAGCGUGCAAAAUUGUCCUAGGGCUGAUCGGUGUCUGGACAUUGGUCGGGAUCAUCACACUGGCAGCACAGUGUACACAAGCAGACACAUGGGAUUUGGAGUCCAGCCGGUGUGUUAACCAGGAAGGGCUCUAUAUUGCUCUUGGUGUGUUCCAUAUUCUGCUAGAUAUCGCGAUCGUCGCGAUCCCAAUUGCCCUGAUGUGGAGGGUGCAAAUGAUCGGGUGGAAGCGACGUCAAAUAUCGGCUCUCUUUGCGCUUCGCUUAAUUGUCCCUGUCAUUACGAUCCCUGGCUUACUCUCCUUGACAUCCUCUUUUCAUACGGACCCCCUUGACCGGCCUUGGAAUGGGGUUAUGCCAGCCAUUUGGUUACAGCUAGUGCAGAGCUCGUCCAUAUUAUGCACCUGCAUUCCGAGUCUGAAGCGAGUUCUCGCCGACCUCCAAACUGGAAUGAUGGCCGGAACGAUCUCAGAAUUUUUUGAGCUGUCGGUUUCAGGCGCCCACAGCACCGCAGGGGGUCCCAAUUCGCGGUCUAGAGGCAGACGACAUCCAUAUGUUCCAGGACCAGUUGCUCUCGCUACGAAUGUCACAGGCAACUGGAGUGAAGAUGCAGCGCACCCGAGCUCCAGCAGGACACUUCUGCGCCCCAGUGAGAACCUUCCAAAACAGAGGGGUGAUGCUACUGUGCAUACAAUAGGAUACCAGGAGAGCCAUGAUGGGUCCCAUUCCAGGGCAUCGUCAAGUAGCCGGGAUCUGGCUCCACAUUGCGCUGAGAGAUGCAGGCUAUCCUCGGACAAGGCGGGGCAACAGUAG